AGAUGGCCAAUCUUAGAAGUCCUGUACACCAUUUCUUCAGUGCUUUUCAGUUUCUUUUGUUAGUGCAAACCAAAGUCCUAUGCUAUCAGUACAAGGUUGAGGUUUAGAUGCAUGGGGUAUUCCCACAUCAGCAAACCCUCAGGUAUACGCCAAAUGGUCCAAGUACCACACCUUCAAGAUUGGAGACUCUCUCUGUAAGUUUCCGUUCCAUUUAUCUCUUUCUUGCCAUGUAUUUUAGUUUCUCUUCUGAUUCUCAUUCUUUGCUGAUUACUUUUCUCUUUGCAGUGUUCUCAUACCCACCAACUCAAGAUUCAGUUAUUCAAGUCAUGGAACAAUCCUACAACUCUUGCAACCUCAAAGAUCCAAUCCUGUACAUGAAAAAUGGCAACUCUCUCUUCAACAUCACCAAAGCGGGGGAGUUUUUCUUCACCAGUGGGGAGCCUGGUCACUGUGAAAAGAAACAGAAGCUAUACAUUUCUGUGCUUUCAGGGAAUGGCUCUGCGUACGCUCCCUCCUAUGGUCCGAGUGCAUUGCCUGAAACUGCGUCUUCACCCUCCUACUCCAGUCUUUGGCACAAUCCCUCAACUGCCUUCUUCUUCCACCUCGCUAGGAUUCCGACUCUUCAUUACAGCUGUUAUUGCAUCAUCCACGUGGGCAAUAAUCAAUGGCAUGAUGUGAAGAGCGUGGCUAAUCUAGUGUCAAAUAUUCAAACCCAUGAUGUAUUUACAGACAAGACAGAAUCUAUGAGCUUGAAAGAAGGGAUUGGACAUCUUCUUUUGCUCUUUUCUAAGAAAAAAGAACGAAGGACAAACACACUUAUGCGCCCAAGUAAUGAAGAUGCAUAG